AUGGAAUUCUUCGAAUGGAAAGAAGAUAACGUAAACAUAGAUGAAGAAACAAAAAAGAGACUAAACAAAAGUAUAGUAAAAUCCGAAGAUGUGUACAACGUAAACAAAUGUAUUUUGGCAAGAGAAUGCGCACUGAUCUACAUCCUGACAUAUAAAAAGCACAUCGAAUCAGUAAAAGAAGAAAAUAUACAGCUCGUUGUGAGAAAUAUAAAAAGGUCCAUCCUGAGCGUCAACAAUAUAAUCAGCAACAUAACGGAACAAAUUUUAAAAUGUUUUACAAUUUUAAGAAAUUUAUAUAAUGAUAUUUUAAAGUUAAAUAAUGUAUAUUUAUCAGAUUAUUGUUUAUUUUCAGUAAUAGAUGGCAUUUUGGGAAAUUUAAAUGACGAAAAGCUUCAUCAGUCAAAACCUACCAUUUGGGGCAUGGCAGGAUUCCUAUCGCUGAUAAUUUCGAAUUAUAAAAAGGCGUACUUUAUGUAUAAAGGAAUAAUUUCGUACAAAUGUAUGUUCACCAUUCCUAUAUUUUUAGAAGAAUCAGCAGAGCUGAAAAAAAUGGCCAACUCUGAUUUGUACAAUAUCAUACUUAAAGAGAAUGAUGAAAAUAUUUGUUCCAAUUUUUCACGCUUCGAAGCGUAUACAAGAUUACAUCUUUCCAUUUUUAUAAUUUUAAACGACACGAGAGAGGUGUGGAGUUACAUAUCUGAAUUGUUCAACAGUGCGUAUAGGAGGAAAAAAUAUAUUUACUUUUGUCUAAUUUAUUCUGCCUUGGAUGUUUCGUCUCAUUAUUGCAAAAUAACAUUCACUAGUCAUUUUGAGAAAUUACUGCAGUUAUUGAAAAAAGAGCUCAUGCCCCUUUUAGAGGAGGAAUUGAAAAAGAAGCCGCCCCCAUCCAGUGAGGAGAAGGUUGUGCAGUACUAUAUUAAAAAGCUGCACGUGGAGCAUUUGUCCAAUUUGUCCAAUUCUUCUUUGCCCGAUGGGGUAGUCGUCCUGCCCGAUGAGAAAUUGUUGUACAUGGGUUUGGGGCUAUAG